UCCAAAGUGAGAGAGCCUUCAAGCGAGGUGCUCUCGAAUGGCGGAGACGCUCCGUUCGGCUGAACUUACGAACUGAAUCAGUUGCACUCUCACUGUUUUUUACGGAAUCAAUGGAGAUUCCGAGUCUAGUACUAUUUUUUACACUUAUUGGCCAGCUAUUGUUUAUUGGAAUCGCCUUUGGAUCGGUAAUUGGUGAAGAGGAGUUCCAUGAGGAAUUGGUGCUCAGGCCGUUACCGGAUCGAAAAGUGAUGGGGCAUUUCCACUUCGAAAGUAGAGCUCCUCCUUCAAACUCCUUUGGCCGCCACCAUCACCUCUUCCCCAAGGCCAUUGCUCAGCUUGUUAAAAAAUUCCAAGUUAAGGAAAUGGAGUUAUCUUUCACACAAGGUCGCUGGAACUAUGAGCAAUGGGGUAGUUUUGAUCCCAUACCAAGCAACAAUGCAAAGCCUCCUGGAGUCGAACUGUGGGCUGUCUUUAAUCUUCCUCAAGAGCAGGUUGAUGCUUCUUGGAAGAACCUGACCCACACCCUUUCAGGUCUUUUCUGUGCUUCAAUCAACUUUCUGGAGUCUUCUACCAGUUAUUCUGCACCUGAAUGGAGCUUUCCGCCUGCCUCAGGCAGUCUUAGAUAUGGAACUCUGCCUCGUGAGGCUGUUUGCACAGAGAACCUUACUCCGUGGUUGAAGCUUCUUCCUUGUCGUGAUAAAGAUGGGCUUUCAGCGUUAAUGCACAGACCAUCUAUUUACAAAGGCUUCUAUCACUCUCAACGAUUGCGUUUGACCUCAAUUGCAUCUAAUUUGGAGGGGUUGGGUCCAGGCAUUGUACUAGAACAAACACUUACAGUUGUUCUUCAACCGGAUAAUCAGAAAAAUAUGAUGUAUUCUUCCAAACCAAAUUUACAACCAGGCUGGUCAAUGAGUUCAAUAUUUGGCAGAAAAGUGAAUGGAAGAUGUAUGCUUGCCAAGUCUAGUAAUGUAUAUCUUCAAUUUGAAAGGGGUCUAGUGUCUGAACUCAAGAAUCUGGAGAAAGAAAAUGGAAAAUCUGGAGAUGAAAAUUUAGCCUUGGAGGGUUUUUUGAGUAAUCCCUACUUUGAAUUAUCAAUUAAACCAGACAGGAUAUUCCAGGAAGUUAAUAAUUUUCAUAUCAAGGGCCCUUCUAUUAUAUAUGAAUUUCAAGUUGAUAAGUACAGUGAAUCUCUGCCAUUUGAUUUAGGCCUUACCUGGAAGAUCCCCAUUGGCUGGACAUGUCAACAGGCACCUUUGCAUGCCUGCAGAUUCUUAAUGGGAAGUGGGAAUGAAAGAGGUGCAAUUGCUAUCUCUUUAAAAUCUAUAGAAUCGAUCAUGAGUUCACUGGAUGCUAAUAGUCUCGACGGCAGCUGUAAGUUGCAAGUUGACAUCUUCCAAGUGGUGCCUUGGUAUAUCAAAGUCUAUUACCAUACUCUUGGAGUGUUUGUUGAUGGUAAACCACAUGCAGUUAGAGAUAUUGUAGAAAAAAUACAUGUUUCGCCUUCCAAGGACAAGGAAUCACCUGGAGUGAUGGAGAUGGUUCUUAAACUUCCUUGUGGUGUGAAAUCAGCUGCUUUAACCAUAGAGUUUGAUAAGGGUUUUUUGCACAUCGAUGAGUAUCCUCCAGAUGCUAAUCAAGGAUUUGACAUUCCAUCAGCUGUAAUAAGCUUUCCUAAUUUCCAUUCAAACUUGCUUUUUCUUGGAGAUGGCUCUUUGAACAAGUCUCCCAUUAUAUCUGUGUUUCAGAAAAAGAGUCCUGUUCUGUCUUACACAGAAGUGCUACUUGUGCCUUUGACAACUCCUGAUUUUAGCAUGCCUUACAAUGUCAUUACAAUCACGUGCACAGUAUUUGCAUUGUAUUUUGGAUCAUUGCUCAAUGUUCUGCGGAGGCGAGUGGGUGAGGAGGAAAGAUUUCUGAAAAGCAAAGCUGCCAAGAAAACUGGUCCAGUUUCGCAGCUGUUAUCGAAAAUUCUGGCCAAGCUUCGAAGAAAAAAGUGGGAACCACCCUCAUCGCCUGAAGCAGCAUCAUCAUCAUCCUUCAUUAAUUCAAAACUGGUGUUUAAAGUUAUAUUGGUUGCUGCGAUAGCCGUUUGUUGGCAAUACUAUUCUGGAUAACAUCAUAUUUAGUUAGUCUUAGCUGUACAAUAUGUGCCAAAGGAAAGAGUACUGGUUUUAGUAACAUCAGGAAAAAAAAAAAAUUUCUUAUCCCACUCAACCAUCUGAUCCAAGUUUGUAGCCAAAUUUUGUACCGUUUGGAAGAAGCAAAUUCUCAAUUUUUCAUCAUUGACAUUCUUGCUUGAUUGCAUUUGAAUAUUUUACUUA